CAGGAGAGUGGGAAAGUGAAGGCAUCCCACUUGGGUGAUGCCAUGCGAAGCGCUGGCAUGAACCCCACCAAUGCCGAGGUUUCGCAAGUUGCUCAGCGAGCAGGGUCCAACUCUGAAGUGACUCUGGAGAGUUUCUGUCAAUUGAUGCAGGAGGCUUUGGCCGAAUGGUCCUCAAGGGAUCAGGCUCAAGAGCUGCUAAGCAGCUUUCAAGUCUUCGAUGCAGAGGGUACUGGUUUUCUUUCGCAGCAGAAGAUCCUGGAGAUCAUGCGCAUGGGAGGCAACCCGUUCCCCGAUACCAAGAUGCAGGAGAUGUUGAAGGGUGUUCCGCUGAAUAGUGAAGGUUCAGUGGAGUACCGCUGGCUGAUUCCGUAUCUCUUGGGCCCAUCGCUGGGUCCAGU